UUCGGUGGAGCUGAAGACUAACAAACUUAAGGUGACUUGCUGCUCCAUUCGCAGACUGUGCACGCGCACGGCGGACAGUGACUGCUUCCCUCGCACUGCUUGGCAUGUUUGAAUGCUGCAAGUUCAAUGAAGAUAUUGCAGUGGAGGUGACUUCAGUAGCACAAGUGCCCUAUCAGAAGCUGGACCCGAAGGAUCCUCAGAAUGGCCUGGUCAUUACCUUCCAGUUGCCAGACAGCUCGAGCAAAGACGUCUUCUUCAAGGAGAAACCACUGGGCUUGGAGUUCAAAAAAUCCGUUCCUUUGACGGUGAACUGCGUGCGAGACGUUGCCAAAGUUCAGUGCGGAUGGAUCGCCACUCAUUUGCAAGGUGAAGAGAUCUCAACGGAUCUCAAAGAAGCGACGAUUCAACUUGUCCGACAUGUCAAAGAUUUGCCUGUCAGGCAGCGAGGAGAACGCUCAUGAUGCGCUACAUAUUUCUGGAGGGAUUUUCGGCCAAGCUGGCUUCUCUCCAUGUUUGAUCAAAGACUGGAGGCACAAAACCUCGCAACAUAGCCUCUGGUACUUCAACAUGGCUAUGGUAAAGAUGCUCUGAAAAAAGUACCAGAGGCUAUGCCCAUGAAUUUCCGUCUAUUUUUGGUUCCUUUGUAUCUUUUCCCAAGGAGAAGAUCAAACCUUGCAUGCAGCCUUUUUUUUCGGGUGAAAAGACGUGUGUUGUUUUCGCUGUAGCCUCAGUUUGGUAGAAUCAGGGCGAUUUUCUG